ACAUUUUCCCAACCUACAGUAUAAGGGAUAGUGGCAAGAAGGAAGACUCUGGAAAGCAGGGGAGUCUGGGAACAGAAAGAGAAGGCUGUGGGAAGAGGUCUCAGUACAGAGGAAGAGAAAAGGGGACAAGUAGACUGGGCUGCAGAGAUCCUCAGGGGAGAGAGGGAGUUGGGCAGAGAUGAAGCGACAGGGGUCUCUGGCCUGUCUCCUGCUGGCCCUAUGUCUGAGUGGUGGGGCAGCUAACCCAUUGCACAGUGGAGGGGAGGGCACAGGGGCGAGUGCUGCCCAUGGAAUGGGAGAUGCCAUUAGCCAUGGAGUUGGAGAGGCUGUAGGCCAUGGGGCUAAAGAAGCAGCCAGCUCUGGAAUCCAGGAUGCCCUAGGCCAGGGGCAUGGAGAGGAAGGUUUGAUGGCAAGCAGAGGCGAUGUUUUCGAGCACCAGCUCGGUGAAGCAGCGAGAUCUCUGGGGAAUGCUGGGAAUGAGAUUGGCAGACAGGCCGAGGACGUCAUUCGCCGAGGGGUAGAUGCUGCCCGCAACUCUGUGUCUUGGGGGACAUCUGGAGGGAAUGGCGUGUAUGGCUCUCAAGGUGGUGUUGGAAGCCAGGGCAACCCUGGUCCUCAAGGGACACCCUGGGCCUCAGGAGGCAACUAUGGAACUAACUCUCUGGGUGGCUCUGUGGGUCAGGGUGGCAAUGGCGGACCACUCAACUAUGAAACCAAUGCCCAGGGAGCUGUGGCUCAGCCUGGCUAUGGGGCAGUGAGAGGCAACAACCAGAACUCAGGGUGUACCAACCCCCCACCUUCAGGCUCCCACGAAAGCUUCAGCAACUCUGGGGGAAGCAGCAAUGAUGGAAGUCGUGGUGGCCAAGGCAGUCAAGGUGCUAAUGGUCAGGGUGACAGCAGUAGUGGUGGCCAAGGCAACAGCAACAAUAACGGCAACAGCAGUGGCAACGGUGGCAGUGGUGGUGGCAACGGUGGCAACAACAAUGGCAACAGUGGCAACAGCGGUUCUGGGUCCCGGGACCUAGAAACAUCUAACUUUGAUGAAGGCUAUUCAGUCUCCAGGGGAAGUAGCUCGUCCUCUGGCAGCAGAGGUGGAAGUGGUGGAAGUGGUGGUGGAAACAGACCUGAGUGUAACAACCCAGGGAAUGAUGUGCGCAUGGCCGGAGGAUCUGGGAGUCAGGAGAGUAAAGAGAGCAGCCGUCUCCUUGGGGGCUCCCAUGACUACCAGGGGCAUGGGUCCAAUGGCGGCAAUGCACAAAAAGAAGCUGUCAGUGAACUCAACACUGUGAACUCUGAUGCAUCUUCCUUGCCCUUCAACUUGGACAAUUUCUGGGAGAAUUUUAAGUCCAAGAUGGGUUUCAUUAACUGGGAUGCCAUAAACAAGGGUCGUGUCCCAUCUCCCAGCACUCGGGCCUUACUCUACUUCCGCAGACUCUGGGAGAAUUUCAAACGCAAGACUCCUUACUUCAAUUGGAAACAGAUUGAGGGCUCAGAUCUGUCAUCUCUGCAGAAGAGGGCAGGUGGUGCUGAUCAGUUUUCUCAGCCUGAAGCAAGACAAGAUCUUUCAGCUGACUCAUCCAAGAACUACUAUAACAACCCACAGGUGAAUCCUACUUACAGCUGGCAAUACUAUGCCAAGACCACUGCCAAGGCCGGAGUCACACCUUCGUCUUCCUCAGUGAGUACCAGGGCUUCCCGGGCACAACCUGGCCUGCUGAAGUGGCUGAAGUUUUGGUAGAACAUUCCUUCUAGUCACUGCAGACUCCUCACAAACACACGAAGGUCUUCAGGGAGCUUAACUGUCCUUACCCACAGUCCUCUCUGAUAUGGCUGAUCUACCUGGGCAUUACAAGCCUGGCAUCUCACCUGGGGACCUGGUUUAUCUGUCCUCAUUCUCCCCAUUUGAUUGUGGUGUCUUGGUGACUAACCAGUUUCGUUGGAUGGCCAGCCAGUUCUUCACCUCUUCCUCUGUACAUGACCGGAAGUCCCCAGAACCAGGAGCGGGAGCUUCCCACUCCCCAGUUUCUCUGUGGAAAUAAAACAUGACUCUUUGUUUCCCCAAGA